CACAUGCAAUUGGAGCAGGCAGCAAGGACGGACCAUGCUCAGCAGAGAAGAGGACUCAAAACUUGAUGCUAGGAAGGGAUAAGCAUAUCAAGAGGACAAAUACGACUGUGAAAUAGUUACACUGGAAGCAUACAACAUGCUACUUUUCUGGAUUCAAUUUGUUGUUUUUAGAUGACUUUUGCUUUUUGCUUUUUUAUUCAUUUUCUUGAUGAGUCAUCAUUAUUGGAAGUUGACAACCAGGUCACAAAACCGAUGAAUCUCUGAGAUGGAGAUUUCUUGCAGCAUGAUGGACUAUGAUGGCUGAUAUGGGAUUAUUCAUGGAAUAUUUUAUGGAAUAACAGAACUGGUUGCAGAAGGUACAAUGGACUGAUCAUUUCUAUUCAUGACUAUAUACACUGGGCAUCAUCUAUUUUUCCAGACUCUUUAAACUUAAACAAGUAACAUUCGAUCUCUAUAAAAUAUACAGUUUUGUGCAACAAAAAGAAUGAAACAUUCGGAUUAUCUGGGAGCUGACCAAUCCUGGGCAUGCUUCACCCGCCACUUGGCCACCCCUCGACUUCGCCUUAACACGCUUGACUUCUCCGACCUGUGGGACGACGAGGACAUUGGACUGGACGCCCACAACGAGGACAGUGACAACGCCUUCGCAUCAACGUCAUCGUGGUCGGACGGCAGUUUGCCUCCGACGCCCCCCGUACCUCCACCUCUGCCACCCUGCGCUCCUCCUCUCCCACCUGGCUUUGCCUCCCCGUCCCACGGGCCGACAGGUGGAAGUGGUGAUGGUGGUAAUGGUAGUGCUGGUGGAGGUGGUAGUCGUACCCUGAAGCUCCAUUGGAGGGAGCUGCAGAGCCUUCCUCCGGUGCCCAGGGUGUGCCGGUUUGGGCAGCAGAGCAUCUGGGCGGGGCUGGAACCUGUCAGGCUGGACACCAACCGGCUGGAGUUCCUGUUUGAGAGUAAGAGUCGCGGGGCUACCAACGGAGCACUCCGCAGCUUAAUGAUGGGACGACAGAAGCAGCCGUGUGUGUCGGUGCUGGGGGUGAAGAGGAGCAACAUCAUCACCAUAGCUCUGAGCAGCCUGCCCCCUCCUCACCUGCUGCCCCCAGCCAUAUAUAGCAUGGACUGCUGCGUAUUGGACCGGGAGGAUGUGCAGAAACUCCAGGCUCUGGUUCCAACUGACGAGGAGUUGAAGCUGAUCAAGGAGGCCAAGGCCCAGAGCCCUCGCUGUCCUCUGGCCCCAGCUGAGCAUUGCUUGCAGACUCUGGGGGGCAUCUCGCACUUGAGCCCCAGGCUUCAACUUUGGGCCUUCGCUCUGGACUAUGACACACUGGAGCGGGAAAUCGCAGAGCCUCUCUUUCAUCUCAAGCUCGCCAUGGAACAGCUGGCAGCCAAUGAGACGUUCCGAUGUAUCCUGGCAACAGUGCUGGCAAUAGGCAACUUUUUAAAUGGCUGCAAGGCGCGAGGCUUCGAGCUGAGCUACCUGGCCAAGCUGUCUCAGGUGAGGGACACCCAUGGCCGGCAGCCAUUACUGCAUCACGUGUGCCUGCUGCUGCUGCAGGUCUACCCACAAUGCACUGACCUCUAUUCUGACAUCACCGCCGUCUCCCGCGCCAGCAAGUGUGAUUACACCCAGGUGCAGGCCAACCUGAGCCAGCUGGAGGCCCAUUGCAAAGCAUCAUGGGAGCAGCUGAAGCUGCUGGAGAAGGAUGGUGACAAGAAGGCCAAGGGAAGGGCCAGUAAUGGCGGCACUGGUGGCAAUGGGGGCAAUGGAGGCCGUGCUGGUAACACUGGGUGUAAUGGGUCUGGAAAGGAGGGCUCUCUGAGACACAAACUCCCUGAGUUUCUGAAGGAGUGUGAGGAACGACUGAAGGUGCUCCGGGCCGUCCACAGGCGCGUCAUCAACAGGUUUCAUGCGUUCCUGUUGUUUUUGGGUUACUCCCGCUCGGUGGUGAGAGAGACCAGUGCGGAGACCUUCUGCAAGACCGUGAGCGACUUUGCCUUGGAAUACCGGACGACACGCCAAGGCAUCCUGCAGCAGAGAGAAAGGGAAAAAGAAAAAGAGAAAGAACAUGACAUGGGCAUAGAAGGAGAAAAGAAAGGAGGCAGUCGUACCCCUCAGUCCAAACCAAAGCAGCGGACGCAAACGCAACCUCAGGAGUACCUUGAGCAGUUUAAACUGGAGGAGCUAUUGAGAACCCCAGAGUCCUCCAUUAAAAGACUGGACUUCAUGAUGCCGAGGCAACGCAGCAGGACGCCAGACAGAAGAAAUUUACUUACACGGAAGCUGAAAUGGUGAUGGUGGCUAGUACGAGCUUCUCAGCAACUGUGUGUUGUCAAAGUGUUGCCAACCAAAGACAAAGGAGAAUAGACCUAAGACUAGGCCUAGUGUGUUUCUUUGUUGAAAAGGAAAAAUAAUGAAUGUGUUUCUGUUUGAUGUUAGUUUUAUCAUUUUAGCAGCUAAUUAAUGAAACACUAGUGAGUUUAAAACUGAGAGGUGCUAUAAAAUAAAUAACAGUGGAACCGUUUCAUGUAUUAUUUUUUCCACAAGUACGUCAGAUCAGAUGCCUGUGGUGGUUUUGAUGUAGCCUACUGUCAUUACCCGAGCCAGAUUUCUGUAGCCCAUGUGUGGGGAACCUAUGUCGAGGGCCGUUUGCGGCCCUUAAGGGUGUUUUAUCCGGCCCCCGAUAUAAUUUGAAUGUUAUGCAGCUUCACAUGAAAUAUAUGUUGUACAGGAAUCUUAGAAAAUAAAUUUGCAAUACAAUUACGUUAUAGCCUAGGCUAUUCAGGGGACCUAAAGAAGGUGGGGACUGUUUCAGAGGUGGCUGCCUUCAAUAUAGUCCUAAAGUGCAGGGGGAAAUCCUGGUUUGUGUCCAAUAGGCCACGGUCAUUGGAGGCAUAGACAUAGGCUAUGUCUCAAAUCACGCACUUGUGUACUUCGGGCAGUUUUUCAGUGCCUAGGGCGCUCACGCUGAAAAUUUCUGUUGAGCCAGUGCACUGAAAGUGCCAGGAUGAUUAACAAUGACGGAAAAAUGCAGUGCUUGAAUGAUGGACACUGCACACACUAAACAGCGGCCAUGCUGACAAUGACAGGGAGGAAAUGUGGCAUUCAGUUCAGUAGAAGAGUUUGGUCAACAGUCUCCUAAUUCUGUAAGUAAUGUUGAUGGGACACCAACCUUUCCAUACCAACCAAAGUAUUGUAUGUGUGAUUGUUGUCCUUUGGGGUGAAGUAAAUGGAAAUACAAGCACCAGACGCUGUGCAUUGUAAACAAUAACCUAGUCAUAUUUUGGCGAGCUAAUGUCAUGCUCAGCCGUCAAUUCCAGCGAGGGCACAGUGCAUAGUGCUCAAAUUUGAGACUAUGCCACAGAUUCUGUAAGAGACGGGCUGUGACUAUGCCUAGUUAGCCUAGUCUAUGUCUAUAUGUGGGUCAUUUCAGAAUUGUGGGUACAUUUCAGGUUUUGACAAAAGUAAAAUAAAAUGUUUUAUUUCUGUGAAACUUUUUAUCAAUUCUCAAAGAAAAUACUUUAAAUUGUACACUUCCAGUAUCUGCCAAGCUUAAACAUGUAUGAUUUUUAUUAUUUUAUCUAAAAAUCAGAGAACUAUGGGUGCAUUCUGUCAACUCUGUUACGGGCAAAUUAGGGUAAAUAUCAACUAAAUGCAAUAGCCUACAUGUUAAAAUAAUGUGUUCCCUGACAGAGUAUUUGUCCAUAUAUCCAUUUAUUUAACUUUGAGUUUUCUAUGAUACAUAUUCUUUUCUCAGGAGUUAAAACAUUGAGACGUUUCACUGAAAAGUUGCCAAGAGUGUUUACAUUUUCUCCAUAAAUAGCUUUAAAAUCAGUUUAAUGCUUUGCAAUUAUAUGUAAUGGGUUAGUUAGUUAUGGUACUGCUGCUGGUGUAUGUAUUAACAAGAAAACAUAUUUAUUUAUCUGUGUUUAAGUAAAAACAAACAACUUUUGUAACAGA